AUGGACGCUAACUUUGCGGAAAUGUUAGAGGAAUUUAUGGGAAGUCCACUUGUUACAUGGGUACGCCUCUUUAGGAGUAUUGUUGAUGGAGAGGGUGUGCAGUCUUUGUCUCAGCAGUACAUGGAAGUAAAUUCCAACUCCCAGAGCACAUUGAAACAGUACUUGGAGCUCACCAACGGUGUCUUCCUCAAUGAGGUUAUGAGGAUCAUCGAUCCAAACCCAAAGGUUGAACACCUAUACCGUGACGUGAGUGAUGAUGACAUGAGAAGAGUGCAGAACUUUUCCACCCUUAACCGGCACCUAAGGUCCUAUUAUCAAGAGAAUUUACAACAGUUGAUUCUGAUGCCUCUGCCAAAUGUAGCCAUUUUGGGGCGAGACCCUCUCACAGAGGCAGCUGUGGAGGAACUGAGAAGACUCCUUCUGCUGCUGCUGGGCUGUGCAGUGCAGUGUGAGAGGAAAGAGACAUUCAUACAGCAGAUUCAGUCUCUUGACAUUGAGAUGCAGGCUGGUAUUGCCACUUGCAUUCAAAAGGUGACGCAGGAUCCGAGUGCAGUUUUACCCCUGCAGUAUGGGGAGUUGUGUGGGCUGGAGGGGGAGGAACUACAGUCUCUUUUCUGCUCCAUGGCCCGUCAAAUACAGAGCUUACUCGCCCAGAGAGACACACACCUGGAGAGGAUUGCGGAGCUGUCACAGGAAUGUGAGCUGUCUCAGUCCCAUACGACUCACUCCGGUGGGUUUGGUGAUGGAGCUCCAGAGGGACUGGCCGUGCAGUUGGCAGACAGCAAGGCCAAAAUACGUCGCCUCAAACAGGAACUGGAGGAUAAAGGGGAUCAGUUAUUGGACUACAAACAGGAGAUCCAAACUAUGGAGGAAGAGCUUAAGAAACUACAGCGGGAGAACCGAACGCUGCAGGGUGAGGCUCGUGCGAGCCGAGCCAUACGGGAUGAACUGGACUGUUUGCGAGAGCGCGCAGCUAAAGCAGAGCAGCUGCAGACAGAACUAAAGAACUGCACGCACCGUCUGCGUAAUCUGGAACUCUAUCGUACACAGUUGAAGGAACAGCAGCAGUACUGUGCCACGCUGCAGGAGAACAGGACCCUACUGGAGGAGCAGCUGGCUGAUGCCCGGGCAAGGUGCUCCGCACUACGGGAGCUCGAGAGGGACAAUCUUCUACUCAGGCAGAAAAUUAUGGACCUAGAGGGGGAACGUGACACAGAGAGACAGAGGGUCGAUGAGCUUCUGGAGUAUAACAUGAGCCUGCAGGUGAAGUUAAAGUCUGAGACAAACAUGCCUGAGACCAUCACUCAUAGUAUGGCCCAGGAAUUACUCCAAGCACAGGUGGAGUCUGAUGAGGAGCUCAGUGCAGAGACAGACCUGAAACCCCUUAGUGUAGAGGUAGAUGAGGCAUCGACACUAAGGCUGCUUGGAGCUGAGAACGAGAACGCAGAGUUAAGGAGACGGCUGGAGCGUCUUCAAGCUGAGCAGGAGGAAAAAGAGGAGCUUCAGAAACAGGCAGAUAGACUAGCGUGUCUGGAAGAGGAAUAUCAGAGCACACUGACGGAGCUUCAGAACAUGAGGAAUGAAAAUUCUAAACUUAAGAAGUCUCUUGAAGAACUGAAGAAAACGCAUCAACUGAAGAAUAUAGAGGAGAAGAGAUCAACAAUAGAGGAGAAAGGCAAUGAAAGACAAGUGAUACAAAGAGGAGAGGGUGAGGGAAAGGACAUUAUAAAAGAGGAGAGACUCAGCGAAAAGGAGAAGGAGAAAGACAUUAUCAGACACCCGAGGGAGGACGCGGAAGGAGAGGAGGUUGUCUGUAAAGAGAAAAAGGACGAAACAGGCAAUGAAGGAGAGAUAAAGAUCAAAACCAAAGAGAGAGGAGAAGCAGAAGGAGAGAAAGAAACCAAGAGAGAGGGAGAGAGCACACAUGAGAGGUCAGUGAAGGAUGAAAAAACCACAGUGGCCGAGAGACCAAUUAAGGAGGAGAAAAAUGAAGAUGGAGGAGUGAAACAGAUGGAGGAAGAUCUAAACCUGCCUCUCACUGCCCAGCUCCAUCAGGCCCUGGAGGAGGCUGAUAGACAAGCUACUCUGACCCAGGAACUGCGCACAAAGUUAGGGGAGCAAAGUAAGAAAGCACUGGAGGCUGAGCAGAGGCUGGUUCUUCUGGAAACUGAGACCCAGAGGCUGCGGAAGACAGCAGAGAGCCUUGUAGAGGCCAGGAAACAGAUUGAGAUCCUGCAGUGUGAGUCUAUGCAGCAGGAGGAGGAGUUGACGCGUCUUCGCAGCCAGGUGGAGCUCCAUAAGAUGGAAGCAGUGGUGAUGAGACAGCUGGAGGGUGAGAGGACAGCCCUGGAGAGAGAGAGAGAGACACUCAAAGCUACUGUGGACUCACUCAGAGCCGCAGUACGGAAGGGUGAUCAGUUGGAGUUUACAAACCAAACACUGAAGGCGGAGCUUGAGCGAUUAGGAAGGAGCUUGGAGUCGGCCCGGAGACGGGAAGAGGAGUUGGAAGUAGAGUUGAAGGAGGCUGCCACAGAGGCUGAGACUCUCAGCAAGGGGCGGGACCAGGCAUUAUUGGAAGUGACACGAUUGGAGCAGGAGAAGGAGGCAUGUCAGAUUGAUUUAGACAGCCAACGGCGUGAACAGAGGCAAAGAGAGAAGGAGAUGGCUAGACUCAGACAGCAGUUAGAAAGCACCAACUCGGCUCUGGAGCAUGGCAACAAAAGAGCCUACACCCUGGAGGCGGAACAUAGACGUGUGUGUCAGGAGUUGUCCCAGUUAAAAGAGACCUGUUCUCAGCUUGAGGAGCAAGUGAAAGAGAACCAACAGCUCAACACACUUAACAUAGAGAGCAAGGCCCAGAUUAACUCUCUAACCCAGGAUCUAGCCAAUGAGAGGAUCCGUUCCCAGGAGCUAUCCAAUCAGAUUGCCCAGUUGAGUCAGGAACUGGAGGCAUUAGAGGCUAAACUCAAAAUGGCCACCCCUCUUUCACCACAGCCGGCAGAGCAGGCCAAAGAGAGGCCUGAGGUGAAAUCAGUUUCCACCAGCACAGACACAGGGGUGAUGGAGGACUCACAUCCUGAGAAAAAAUCUCCACUACAGAGAGGAACUUCUAAGGAGAGCUCUGAAGCUCAUAUCAGCUGCCAACAUCAGAUCACAGACGGCCAAAGUCCAGCACUGCCAGAAUCUGUCUGUACAUCACAAAGCCCAGCAGAAACAGGCAACAACAAACAGACACAUCCAGAGACGAGCAUAGCAGAGAAGGAACCUCACAAUGAGAGAGUGUUCAACAUGGAAAAAGAGAUUGCAGCGCUACAGAGGGAGAAGGAGGUUGCCCUGUCCCAGCUUUCUCAGUCUCAGUCAGCCUGUGACCUUCUGAGAGAACAACUAGACACACUGCAACGCCAGUCCAUCUCACUACAGGAGAACUGCACCAAACUACAGGCCCUGAACACCAAACUGCAGUUAGAGCAUGCAUCCCUGAGCUCCCAGCAUGCCUCUGUGUGGGCACGUUGCAGCGAGAGUGAAGCCAGGUGUGCAGCUUUGGAGGCAGAGGCCAAAGUGUGGACUAAAGAGAGGGAGGAGUCAGCUGCCCGCAUGGAGAGUUUAAGGCGGGACCAUGACAGAUUGACAGCUCUGCAGCAAAGGCAGGAGACAGAAUUGGAGGAACUGCUGGCCAAACACAGUCAGCUUAAGAGUAAUUCUCGCAGUAUGGAAGCCCAGCACAAAGAACUGGAGGGCAGGUACCAAGAACUGCUGGAGCGCAGAACCCAGCUGGAGGAGGGAGAAAAAACAAUGCAAGAAGAGAGAGAGAAGAUAGAGAGAUAUGAAGCAGAGCAGGCAGAGAGAGAGAAGGAACUGGAGAGAUUGAGGAAGGACAAUGAGAGGUUCCAGGCCUUGCAGAAGGAAUGGGUUCAGGUGCAGUCAGAGCUACUGGCCCAAGGUUCAGUUCUGAGAGGUGAGCUCAGUGCAGCUCAGCUGGAACGGACCCGGCUGGAGGGGCAACUGAGCACCCUGAAGGAACAGAACCAACACCUGGACCUCAACAACGUGCGUCUCACCAGCCAGUACCAGCUUCUGACCCAGUUAAAAGGGAAUUUGGAGGAGGAGAACAGGCACCUUGUGGAGCAGAACCAGAAUCUGGCCCGGGAGAACCGAGCUCUGUUAGAACGCAGUUUAGAGAGCCGAGACCAGCACCAUUUGCAGCAGAGAGAAUACAUGGACAAGCUGAACGAACUGCGCAGGGAGAAACAAAAGCUUCUGGAGAAGUUGAUGGAUCAGUAUCGGGUUCUGGAGCCCGGAAUGCCCACGCCAAACAAGGCUAAGAAGACCAACUGGAUAGCAGACCGGAUGAAGAAAUUGAUUAAGCCUCGUGGAGUCAGGGAGGGUAAGGUUCAUUUCAUAGCUGCUGGAAGCAUAGAGAAUCUCGCGGACGCCAGUGAUGAUUCCCCCUCCUCUCCCGCUCCACAGCAAGACCCGAAAAGCGCCCCCGUCUCACCCACCCCACUGAGGAGAGUUUCCUCCCAGCCUGAGUCAGACGAGCCACCAAAAUCAGCAUCGCGCUCCACGCGACGGAAACUAGGAAGCUCGCGGCACGGCUGGGGGCUCGGGCGGGGCAGGGGAGGCCUCGCGUCCCAGUCCUUCAGCCCUGGAGACAACCGUACCCAACCCAGAGUCCGCCUACGGUCCGCGCACAACGCCCUGUGGGAGGCAGAGAGCAGUCCCACACCCAGUCAAGACAGCCUGAGUGAGGAAGGCACAGCUGAAAGUGAGGAGAAUCUUGCAACAGAUCAUCACUCUGAUCUCAGUCGAGUUUCAUCAGGAGCUGAGGGUCAGUAA